ACCGAACUCAAAUAUCGACGAGGAUUUAUCAAAAUCACUAGGACUCCUGAAAGGGUAAACGGAGUACCAGGAAAAAGCCCAGGAGUAUCGGCAGAGUAUUGCAUGAGGGUUCAUUAGACCCGCCUCAUGUGUUAUUAGCGAACACACGAAGUCCUAAAAGAAGUCGCUAAUUUGGCAUGCAGGCGACUGUACCACUGACGGUAAAGUACAUGCAUGAAAAACCACCCUGUAAUAAAAUAAACCACCCCUUUACCUUAUAAAAGCAUAAUUAUUUUUAUACAGGUAUCAAAGGGACAAUCUAUGUUUCUUACUUACCCGAGAAAACAACAAUUAAUCAAGUGAACGGAAUUUAUUCGUGGUUGAAAUUUCACAGUGUUGACGUUGUUAUGGACCAAAUGUACGACCACAAACUGUACAAUUCUCUCGGUCCUAAACGUUUCGGUGAGAAAUUCCUGGCACAAGCAGACAAAGUCAUCAUGAUCGUUACUCAAGGUUACUUAAAGCUAUGCUGGUUGGACGACACCGUGGACAUUGAUUCGAUGCCUUGUUUUCACUCCUUAAACGAAGAACGCCUGUACAGCGAGGUGACCGACAUCAAGAAUGAACUAAGCACAACAAUAAAGCAUGGUCCCAUUCGUUUUAUCCCACUUCUGGUGAACGUGCCAGAUGAUUAUUUACCAAAGUGGCUUCAAAAAUUGACAUCCGUGAAGUGGCCAGAUGACGGAAAAACCAAAACGUUUUUAAAUCUCUUGAAAUGUGACGAUCUACCUGUUGGUACCAAAUAUGAGGGAUCCUCUUUUCUUUAAUUGAAAUGUAGACUGUAAUGAAGACUUAGAACAUAUAGUGGCAAUUAAAUAAACUAGGAUAAUCUUACUAUAGACCUAUUGCACUGACGUCACAUAUCCUUAGAGUGUCCUCCAGAUGCUCCCUAACAAAAUCUGUUCGGGUACAACAACCACAUACAGCGCAAAAAUUGACCAUUUUAAUACAAAAUUAUUAUAAACUUUUACAAAAUUUGCUUUGUUUACAAAAGUUAUAUUAUGCAUAUAUUGCUAAUUUGUCGCCGGCGCUGUGACGUCAUGUGCAAUUGGUCUAUAUAUAUAUAUAUAUAUAUAUAUAUAUAUAUAUAUAUAUAUAUAUAUAUAUAUAUAUAUAUAUAUAUAUAUAUAUAUAUAUAUAUAUAUAUAUAUUAUAUAUAUAAUUCUUUAAUCUUAAAAUAUAUUUGUCGCUACACUGUGUUUCACGCUUCUUUCAAAGCGAUCUUCAGGCGAAUGAAGUUGAUUCAAUGACGUGCUCUAAACUAACGGUUUGCUGAGGCAUCUCGCGUGCGUUCAAAUUUGCGCGCGCUAAAACUGUUUCUGUGACAGCAUUUCGCGAAUAUUUCUGAGCGUUUAUUCAAUAUCCUGCUUUUGUCAGCUUCCAGUAAGCAAACCUUCUCUUCAAGGCACAGAUUGCAUCUUGCUGCACCAGCUGUAUACGCACGGGCACGCUUUAGUAUGCUCCACUUGAUGUUGUAUUGCUUCCCGCUUUUCUUGAGUUUCCACGCAU